AUGGAGAUUGAGGAGCGACUGUUGACUCAUCCCACCAUCAGUGAGGCCAGUGUGGUCGGCAUCAAGACUCAGCGGUAUGGGGAAGUCGUGGGCUGCUUCCUAAAGGCUGCUGGGAAGACGCCAGCUGGAGACGAUGGAAUCCGGCAGUUUGUAGGCCAGGUCGUGGGACGUCACAAGGCACCCACUCACAUUUUCUGGCUGGGCGACGAAGGCGCUGGUUGA